AUGAGCAGCCUGGCGGUGAAGCUGGACCCUCGGAGGGUACAAUGGGGCGCGGCGUGGAAGACCUUUACCACCCGCGUCCUGAGGACCAAACCUGUGGAGUCCAUGUUGGAUUCAUCCAUGUCGGGCACGAGCUCACAUGGGACGAAGCUGGCCCGGGUGUUAUCCACUGUGGACCUGGUGUCUCUGGGUGUGGGCAGCUGUGUGGGGACAGGGAUGUACGUGGUGUCUGGGCUCGUUGCCAAGGAGAUGGCUGGUCCGGGGGUCAUUGUGUCCUUUAUAAUUGCCGCCGUGGCCUCCAUUCUGUCAGGAGUGUGUUAUGCAGAGUUUGGCGUGCGGGUGCCUAAGACCACAGGUUCGGCCUACACGUACAGCUACGUGACGGUGGGCGAGUGCGUGGCGUUCUUCAUCGGCUGGAACCUGAUCCUGGAGUAUCUGAUCGGCACGGCGGCCGGGGCGUCAGCUCUCAGCAGUAUGGCCGACUCGCUCGCCAAUCACAGCAUCAGCAACUUCAUGAUUACACACAUCGGGACGCUCCACGGAUUAGGUAAAGGGGAGCAGUCGUAUCCCGACCUGCUGGCUCUACUGAUAGCGCUGCUGGUGACGGUGAUAGUGGCACUAGGAGUGAAGAACUCAGUGGGCUUUAACAACGUGCUGAACGUCAUCAACCUCGUCGUGUGGGUGUUCAUGAUGAUCGCCGGGCUGUUCUUCGUCAACGGGGAGAACUGGGACGAGGGCAGAUUCCUGCCAUUUGGCUGGGGAGGGGUGAUGCAGGGAGCAGCCACCUGCUUCUAUGCCUUCAUUGGAUUUGACAUCAUUGCUACAACUGGAGAAGAGGCCAAGAGUCCCAACACCUCCAUCCCCUAUGCCAUCACUGCCUCGCUCAUCACCUGCCUCACUGCCUACGUCUCUGUGUCUGUGAUCCUGACCCUGAUGGUACCGUACAAUGAGAUUGACGCUGACGCCCCACUCAUGGAGAUGUUUGCCAUGCAUGGCUGUAUGUUUGCAAAGUAUAUCGUGGCAGUUGGCUCCAUUGCUGGACUCACUGUGUCCCUCCUGGGGUCCCUGUUCCCCAUGCCCAGGGUCAUCUAUGCCAUGGCGGGAGACGGCCUUCUAUUUAAGUUCCUGGCCAAUGUUUCGUCCUACACAGAGACCCCUGCUGUUGCCUGUGUGGUGUCCGGCUUUCUGGCUGCCCUGCUUUCCCUUCUCGUCAGUCUGAGAGACCUCAUAGAGAUGAUGUCCAUAGGAACCCUUCUGGCCUAUACCCUGGUCAGCCUCUGUGUGCUGCUGUUGCGUUACCAACCGGAAGGAGACAUCCACGGCUUUGUGAACUUCCUUUCAGAAGAGCAAAACAACAAGAGGAAAGAAGGUGUUCUGGCUGAGUGUGAAAAGGAUGCCUGUUCCCCAACCAGUGAAGUAGACGAGUAUGGUGGACCGGCCACUAACACCUGUGGAGCCAAAAACCUGCCUUCACUGGGUGACAACGAGAUGCUAAUAGGUAAACCAGAUAAAAAUGCCUACACUGCCAGCCAUCCGAACUAUGGCACAGUGGAUAUGACCACUGGUAUUGAAGCAGAAGAAACAGAGGGUGGGGUGACCAGACGGUUGAAAAAACUCAUUGGACCACGCUACUACACCUUGAGGAUUCGAUUGGGCCUUCCUGGAAAGAUGGACAGGCCAACUGCAGCCACAGGGAAAACAGUUACAGUGUGUGUGCUGCUGCUCUUCAUCUCCAUCUUCGCCUUUUGCUCCUUCAUCAUUUUUGGAAUGGGCAGUAUAGCCGAAGGAAGCUGGUGGGCUUUGCUGAUAUUAAUCUUCUUCAUCAUUUUCCUUGCCCUGCUUAUCAUCAUCAUCCUCCAGCAGCCAGAGAACCCUAAGCGGCUGCCCUACAUGGCACCCUGUGUCCCAUUUGUACCUGCUUCAGCCAUGCUGGUCAACAUCUACCUCAUGCUCAAACUGUCUGCCAUCACCUGGAUACGCUUUUCAAUAUGGUGCCUCGUGGGUGUGCUUAUCUACUUUGGCUACGGCAUGUGGAAUAGCACACUGGAGAUCACGGCCAGAGAGAACGAAGUGCACGCCUCCACCUACCAGCGCUACGAUCAAGGUGUGGAUGAGGGCUUCUGCGGCUUUGAUGACGAUUUCUACCCACCUACCACUGAAAACUGGGCCGCCCCAGAGGGGGGGUCGGGGCUCACACCACCCCCUGUGGCGAAACCCGAAAGCGACGGGACGCCCUCUAAAGGUGGAAGCAGGACCGUUGCCAAACACGGCCUCGCCGAGGAGGAUCCGAUGGAUUUCUGAUGGGACUGACUCUGUGUUAACCUGAAUGUACUGCCUUGUCUGCUGCCUGGGGGAAGGGAGGGGAUCAGUAGUGUGACUGUGAGUGUGUGUGCGUGUGUGUGCGUGUGUGUGCAUGCCUGCAUGGGUGUGUGUUUAUUCGUUAAUUUGUCUAACCCUUGGGCUAGAUAGUUUCUUGGCAGUGGAAUGGUUUUACGUUGACCUCACUCUACCACGCUUGGCUGUUCGGCUUACACAGCUAAAGUGGACGUCAAGGCCAUGAGUGUCCCGUCACUCGUCACUUGUAAUUCACUUACUGGAGUCCACACACACAAAAUGAAAGGCCAGAUAAAGAAGUGCAGACCUAGCAAGAGAUAAAAUAUAAUGUGUUACACUGCACUGUGCACAUUGUGUUAAAAGCAAUCAGUUUACUGUUGAUUUCAAAGAAUUUACGGGAUACAGGAGAGGAGAAGGUGAUGAACGAGGGACAGAUGAUUCAGCACUUUUCUUCCCGUUUUAAGACACACUGACAGGAAAGUUAGAUGAUAGUUAUGUCCUACGCACGUGUCUGACUUUCUCUGCUUGAUUUAGGGAAUCAGCUACAAAUCCACUGUCUGUCUGCCUCUGGAUUUCUGUUUGUCCCUGACCCCUAACAUCUAGCCCAAGGGAUCGCGACGGGAUUUGGAGGAGGGUGUUGAUGUUUUCUGUCUUGGACUUUGCUUGCAAUAGUGCCUUCAUCUAUUUGUAUGUGAGUUUCUGAUUGUGUCUGUUUUCUACUUUCAUUUUUGCCUGUGUAUGCGUGAGGGUGUACGUGCAAUCAAACUCCACAUUUUACAUGUUGGUGUGUGUAGAUAUAAACUGUUUUCUCCAGCUUGUUUUACUGUGUAUGUGUAGCUUUUUGUUUCAUUUUUGUUCCUCCCACUCCUUUUCCCAGCAUGACACUCAAAAUCAAUGCACCUGCGACAAAGCAGCUCCUGGUGCAAUAUAACAAACACAAUUCAGCUCACUGGUGUACAAAGAGGAGGGGGAGUAAAUUGUGUAACAGAGAGGUUUAUUCCAAAUUGAUACCAGCAUGUUUUAUUUGAUGAACGUCAUAUUUUCUGUUUUCUGUCUUUUCGUUGUGCGUUACGCUCUGUUGAUGCUCUCUUGCUCUUGUUUGCAAGCGUUGGGAAGGAGUUUGUUUUCAUUUCAUUCGAUUUCAAAAUGUUAUUUUCUUCAUGGAUUGUAUCUUCUCUCUUAGAGAUGAAAACAAAAGAAAGGACUGUAUCGAAAUUAAAACAGAUGGAAGGGGUCAGAAAAUGGGUUGAAUAGUUGUUGUAUUUUAUGGGCAGGUAGGGUAGUUUGACUUUUAUAAAAGUGGGUGAGGGUUUUUUUUAUUUUUCUCACCCCAGAUGUUAACUUAUUUUGCCAAUUAAUUGAGAAAAGUAAAUAAGAAUGAGUCCCAAAUGCAAACAUGGCAAAUCACCAUUACAAGAAAUCGACAAUAAUUGUAUGCAUUGUCAAAAGGUAAUUUCAUUUUUUUUCAUCAAACACUGAUCCAAAUUGUUAUUCAUAAUUAGCUAAAUUAAUUAUUUGAGAAUGUGAAAACAACCCCCUUGUCCCAAAUAAUAAUUUUCUUACAGUCCCUAACUUGGAAAGAUUGUGUUGCAAAUCAAUUUUGCUUCACUGAGUGAACUGAAAUCAACACCUUCCUCAUCCAUCUCUCUCCCCUCUCCCCUUCUUUUUACUCCUAUCCACAUCUUCUCAUCCUCUACUUCCACCUCUCCUUUACUCUUCCAGCUGAACUCUUCCAUAUUCCAUCUGCCACAUUAACCUGCUCUUGAAAUUCAUCAAACCAUGUCAGCAGGGAGCUGCCACUCCAGAGUCCAGAGUGAUAGAGCUUGGAUUGGGUUUCAGUCAGGAUUUGAAACAGCAAUCUGUUCACGGCCUGACAAUCCAUUAGCUCCUGUAUCACCUCAGGGAGUCUGCUAGUGCUCUUCUGAUUUAUCACCUGAGCAUUUACUCCCCUACCUGUAGUUCUGCUUUAACCCCAGCCCAAACUAGUCUGAAUGAACCUCCCUCUCAAGUUUUAUAUGCAUGUAGCUGUCGUAGAGUCUAACUCUUUGCAUGUUACCUACACUGCUGCUGCACCGAGAAUUGAUAUUGUGAAAAUCAAUCAAAUCAAAUCCUGGUCCUGAAGAGGCCAUAUGCAGGACAAGAAAACUAAUGCUGCCACGUUGAUGGGAUUUGAGUCCACAUGAAGAAUGAAUGCACUCAAGGCACUGUAAGAGAUUCUGGCAUACACCAAAUAGCAUUCUGUUGUGUCAUUGUGUAAAGGGUGGGGGCAUGUCUACAAAAGCUGCUGCUGUAUGCCCCGAUUGUCCUCUUUGUACCUUUUCCUCUUGCCCCCUGUUGCUGCAUCUGUCCCUUCCAGGGAAGCCUUAUUUGUCUAAUGCACUAACUCUAAAGAUGCCACGCUAAACCUCCCCACCCUACCUCUGCUUUUCUCACAUUUAAACACAAUCCCAAAAAAAACAUCCCAAAUGUAGAAAUAGGCCCUUUUGUAUUGUCCUUCCAAAGGAUAGUGAGACGACCCAAACAUAUCAGCCCAGAAUCCUGAGGAAUUUAUGCUUAUUGGAUGAUUCUGCAGCUUUCCAGUGCAAGCAGUACUUUGCCCUUUAACAUAGGGUGACAAGAAGUAUAGGAUGGGUGUAGCCGACCUUAAGCAGAAGUUGGGAAGCCCAUCAAAGUAUUUUUUAUGGAAAUGUAUGUUGUGUAGUGGGUGACCUAUAGUGAGUUUAGAUUCUACAUUUUUUAAGUUACAUAUUUUAUAAAUCUCAGUCAGCAACAUAAGCAUACCGAUUGAGACAAUUUUCUGCCUCUCCCUCUGCUGCCUUGUAGCACUCCACUAAGCUCCUUCCACAUAAUGACACACUAAACAUCAACGCCACCCGUUGUCACCUUAACUGUCUGUUCUAAUGAGACAGUUAUGUCUGACUCAGAGGACAGAAACACUGAAAGCCGAUCAAUACACAUAACAAAAAAAAAGAAGCUAUGAGGUUAUAAGUGGUUUGUGUUGGAUAGCCGUUGUGCUGAGGUGAGGAGAGAGCGAGAAAGAGAGAGCUGCCGAUAAAAAUCUGAGAAUUGUAGAAGCUGGAAGAUGCGUCUUCUUGGUUGUUUGAUUCAGACAGGAUGAUUAAAAAAAAAAAUCAAAAUGAAAACAUAAAUACGAAGGGGCUUUGCUCACAGACGCAGAUCAGACUUCAAUUUAAUAUUUUCUGUGAUAUACAAUGAUCAAAAUGUGUUUUUUAAACUAAUAUUGUCAUAAAAUAAUGUUUCCUACUGUAGCUUUAAAGUCUAGGAGUCAAUUCCAGUAUACUCAACUUUAAAAACAACAACUUUGACUUUCUGCAGCCAUACAAAAGUUAAUAUUUGAUCAAUUCAGGAAUUUCAACUUUUUUUUUUUUCAACCUUAUAAAAAUACCCUUAUACCCUGGAGAAGAUGUUAAAACAGAAUUCCUGUGGUAUCACUAAAUUGCAUAAAUGUCCUGGCUACAGUUUUUUUUUUUUACUGUUACUGUGAUCUUUUCCUUAAGUUACCUUAAAUCUUCACCAUAUUUUUUUCAGCAAAGUCAAAUAGAAGACAAAGUUUUUAUGUCGAUGUAGAAAUAUGUUUGUCAUGUUGGCUCUGACCAAACCACUGUCCGCACGUAAACAAAAGGCUCGGUACAGUAGGAAAUUAUUAAGGUUUCUGCAGAAUUGUCCAAUAUCCAGUUUUCUAUCUAAUGAUGUGGGUUUAAAAAAGCAUAUUCGGAAAUAUUCAAGCCCUAUCAUCCUAGAGUAUAUCCAUGUCCACAUAAUUUUCAGCUAAAAUAUCUUCCCCACCCGAAUCCCUCCUGAACUCAGCUAAAAGAAUCCAAAAGCUUUGCAUUCAUAGCUCAGCCAAAACAAGACACAUACUUCAGGCCUGUCCAUGCCUCUGACACUGGACUGUACAGUCAACUUUCUAUAUUAUCUACUCUGUGUGUAUGCACACAAGUGUGUGUGUGUGUGUGUGUGUGCGUGCAUGUACAGUAUGUGUGGGGUGUAUGUAUGUGGGUUCGUGGUCUGCGCCUGCGCCUCAAUGUGAACGUUUGGUGAAUGUGUAGCAUGCUGUCAAGCACGAGGCCCAGACUGUAAAUGUUGUACUUGCAUGUGGUGACGGAUUGAAAUGAGACAUAAAUACAACACUGAACUAAAACAAACGCAGGCUUAGUUCUCAUACCUGGGGACUGUGAGGAUUCACCAGGUGUACUACAACAAGAUCAGCUUCUAAAACAUAGUUUGUCACUGGUGGCAUAAACUGAAAGGUAUGGUUAGAAUUCAUUGAAUGGGCCACGAGAAGAUUAUUUGCUAGAUUUAUAUUCACACACUCCCAGAUUUCUAAAAUAAUCUCCUCACCCAGGUAAGGGAACCAGGGCUUCGUUUGAAAAGGAAGUCGAACAUGUAGCAAACACAUGAGUGUGUGGGACAGUCUGUUCUUACAUCCUCCCUCAAACACUUACAGUAAAAUCCACCUCAUGUAUUGUCCCUCUUCUUUACCACAACCUCUGCAAGCCAAAGUCCACUAAGUUUGUUUACUUUUCACAAAAAGGUGAACGAAGUUUCUUAAAAUGAACACUUUAAACACAACAGAACUAAUGUCUUUUUUGGGGGGGUUGUCUGUGUAUAAGCUACAAAGGUUAAAGUUCACCACAAGAAGACAGAUUUUUUUUCUCACAGUGGCUUUAGUAAACAGUGCAAUGAUCAUUUCUUAAAACCUACAGUAGUUGCUAAGUAUUCUUUAAGAAAUUCAAAGUAUUAGUCUAGAUUUUAUUGACUCAGUAGAUUUGUUUGUCCAGCAUGGACAAAAAAAAGUGAAAAAGUACAACAUUGACAGAGAAGUGAUCACUAAGAAAAGUAUUUUUCUACAGCUGUCUCCCAUUCACAGGUGUGCACAACAGAGCUGGGUGGAGUUAUUAGCCUUUACAUUCAGUUAUUCUUGUUUUUUAAUUACAAGAAAGCCUGGGAGAAACAGCUAUAAAAAAUAUAUUUUUACCAACCGUAGUCUCUCUAGAAUAAUUACAUUAAUUCAUAAACGUUAAUCCUUUCCUUUGAAGGAUUAUGACAUGGUUGUGCUAGGCGUAAAUAGGACUGUAGAAGGUUUAGGAGUAAGAAUACUACAAGUAACAUGCAGAAACUAUUUUAAUACAAUUCUAUUAAGGGUAAAAAGCAUAAUCAAAUAUUGCCACUAUUGCUUUUAAAGUCAGCUGUUUAUUUUGUCUCAGAGAAGGUGUGCCAUGUUCUUCCUGUGCUCUGUGUUCGCUGUGGCCAAGCGUCCAGUCAGUGAUGUUGGACCUGUUGGGGUCAGCUUCUCUCGCAACAAAUAGAUAUUCCUUUUCUCUUCUGUAUAUUUUGGCACAAAGCUGUAUAUGUAGUUGUUUUUUAAUGUACAUUUUUUUUAAUGGUUUCUUCCAUAUGUGUGGUUAUUUUGCUCCUGGGUGCACUGUUUUUUUGCUGAGUUGUUGAUAUUGCUUCCAUGCAACAAUGAAAGUUAUUUAUUGCAAAUACCAA